UGGGAAUAUUUAACCUGGGUAAGAAGAUUUAGAAGGCGUCGUGCAGCCGGGCACGCAUCACUGUGGGAGUGUCCUCCAUCCUUCCUUAACCAGUGAUGGCGGUGUUUCCGCUGCUUCCUCUCUCUGUGCUGCUCCUUUCCCUCUACACUCUGGGUGGAGCGUCUCCUUCCUGUCCUCUGAGCUGCCGCUGCUACAGCCUCACAGUGGAGUGCGGCUCCACCAGCCUGAGGGACAUCCCCAAACAUGUCCCCCCCUCCACGCAGACCAUCUUCCUACAGGACAAUGUGAUUGGUCAGAUCCGACGACAGGACCUGACUCUGCUGAAACACCUGCACUACCUGUACCUGCAGAACAACAGCAUCUCCGCAGUGGAGCCAGGAUCUUUCCAGAACCAGGGUCAGCUGCUGGAGCUGGCUCUGAACGGGAACCGGGUCCACCUGGUGACAGCCGACAUGUUUCAGGGACUCGAGCAUCUGCGCAUUCUUUACCUGGCAGGAAAUGACAUCACACGCCUGCUGGACUACACCUUUCGUGGUUUGCAGCGUCUGCAGGAGCUCCACCUGCAGCACAACAGCAUAGAGUUGUUAGCAGAGCAGGCUCUCGUCGGUCUGAGCUCUCUGGCUCUGCUGGACCUAAGCAGGAAUAAUCUCCACACCAUUGGCCCCGCCACCCUCAGACCUCUGGUCAGCCUGCAGGUGCUGCGCAUCACAGACAACCCGUGGCGCUGUGACUGCGCUCUGCACUGGCUGAGGAGCUGGAUCGAUGAGGAGGGCCAGCGGCUGCUCAGCUCUGCAGAGCGGCGCCUGGUGUGCACCGAGCCCCCACGCCUCUCCCACCUCACCUUGGUGGAAGUCCCCCUCAACAGCCUGGUGUGUAUCCCUCCUCUGGUGCAGCUGGAGCCCAGGAGGCUAGCUGUGCGCCUGGGAGAGAGCCUCAGGGUGUCCUGCCACGCCUCUGGGUACCCUCGGCCACAGGUGACGUGGAGGAAGGCGUCCCAGGGUAAGGUGGUGCUCUCUCCCCGAGGCCUGGUUCAGGAGCUGGGUGCAGGAGGAGGUGGAGUGGGGGGAGCAGAGGAGCCGUCAGAGGAAGGCAGAGUCAGUCUGCAGAAGACUGAGGGCAAGCGCUUCGACCCGGACACCGGCAGUGGCAUGCUGUUCCUCAGCAAUGUGACCGUGGCCCACGCAGGUUUCUACGAGUGUGAAGCCUGGAACGCAGGGGGCGUGGCCAGGGUGACCUUUCAGUUGGCCAUCAACUCAUCUACUUCCUCUUCCUCAUCUUCCUCCUCCAUCUGGGCCUCGUGGUCCCAGGUGUCCUCGCCGUUCUCCCCCUCCUGGCCCCGGCUGAGGAGCCACGGCCCCGCUGUGGGCUCAGACGUGAGUCGGGAGCCGCUGUACGCUCUGGGCAGCAUGGCCUUCAGCGCUCUGGGAGCUGCCACUCAGACGGCCAUCGCUGCGGGCAUCUCCCUGCUGGCUCUGACUGCUCUGCUGCUGCUCGCCAUGAUCUACAGCCGCCACCACCAACCAGAGAAGGAGGCUGAUACAGCGGAGAAGGAGGAGAGCAUCCUGUACGUGAACGACUACUCCGACGGCCCCACCACCUUUGCACAGCUGGAGGAGUACCGAGACGAGCGCGGCCACGAGAUGUACGUCCUAAACCGGGCCAAGCCCGUGCUGCCUCCUGCUCCCCCCACAGCUGUCUCCACCACCAACCUGGGCUGCCCCGCCCCGUCCGACACCUCUAGCCACACCCUGUCCUCGGGGCAGGGCCAGACAAUGAGUCCCACUCUGGCCCCCAACAAGAAGCUGCAGCAGCAGCAGGAGGGCGACAUACGGACCAUGAGGAGGAUGGCGGGGGAGGGAGGGGAAGCCGAGCCUGUGGUCACAUCAGAGGCUGAGGGGAUGUUUCUAAACCACACAGGCCUGUUCAUGGACUCUCAGAUCGCCUACGAGAUCCACUGCUGA